AUGGCUCAAAACGAAGGCUCAAACCUCGGCUCAAACGAAGGUGAGUCAAUAUGAUUUUUAAUAAACAGCUUGUUCACCCGCUGUGCCGACUUAAUAAAGCUUUAUAUAAGUUUUCAACACGGAUGCACUUGACCUAUACUUGACCUUUUUUACAUUUUCCUUUAUGUUGACUUCCUUUGUGUGUUUAUAUUAAGUCAUUAGUUUUGCUCUAAUGCUCCCGGAACAAAGAAAUAGGCUACGUCUCGCUACCAUACGGUCAAGCUACAUACGACUCGUAUUACUAGAAUAUAAAGCCAUUGAAUGCCGACUAAAAACGCUUUGACAACAUAUGUUAUCCAAAUAUUUCCAAUCUGUCAAGUAGAAAGCGCAUUCGGGUACAUACUACAGUAUAUUGGUAUAGUGUAGAUCACAACUUGUGAGUAUAUAAAUCUUAAACAUCAAGGAUUAUACGACAAAACUGCAUGUUUUGAACAUUUUACCAAUGUUCAGUGUCACACAUUUGUAUACAAUUUUUUAAUUGAGCACAUUUUUAAAUACAGUUUAAAUUUGGUUUAUAUGUAUACGUCGAAUAUGAUCAACGAACAUUGAUGUAUUUCAUCCUUUACUUGUCAAUUGUAAUUAACCCCCUCCCAACCUUGAGGAAAGGUGGGGGCAUAUAUUUUACUAUAUUCUUUAUAACUGUUACCUGACCCCCUGAGGCAGCCCAACCCAUGGGGACAAAAUUUUUAAAAAAAUCCAAAAAUUUUAUUGAACAAAAUCUAUAACUUUAUAUAAAAAUGGCACUAACCUGGCUUGUAAUAUUUAGGUCAGGCUCAACAGGACAAUCCUGUGAGCAGGCUGUAUACAAUGGCCCCACAUAAACAGUUAGUUACGCCUGACCUAAUGGGGGAUUUGUGGGGCAUAAUGUGGCCCAUAUUAUGCCUUGCAUACCAGGGUUGGGGGUCCAUAACAGGAAAAUCCCCCCAUUAGCCAUUAGGUAAGGUGUAACUGUGUAAGUGUCAAAAUAGAAAAAAUGCCACAUUGCCUCAUAUCCCCACCUUUUCCCAAGGUUUGGGGGUGGGGGUUACAAUUGACAAGUGGAAAAGAGUGUCUGUGUACAUGGGACACUUUAUUAAAUGAAUUAAUUCCCAUUUUAGAAAUUAGGGCAAACAAAGGAGAUGGAAAAAGAAGUCUAUGUUUUACUCCUAGCCCAAAUUCAAAAAGGCCACCUGAUAAGAGAGCAAAGAACUUAAACUAUGAUGAAGGUAUAUAUUGAUAAUUGUUUUUGACCAAUUACUAUUAUUUCUAGGUUGGAUAAUGAAACAGUUAUAUAACAACAUACAUAAUUAUUAUAUAAAUUAUAUUAUAUAGAUAUACGUCAAUCUUUAGCAUCAAAUUUUGCAUAUGAAGAAGGCUGUGUCACUGGAGUUGAUGAUAUCCUAGAUAUUGUACAAAGUGACCUUGGAAGGCCAAUACGUCGUGUAGACCUGUAUAAAGCAAUCAGUGCACUGUUUGGAGAGAAAACUGAAAAGAAAUAUAGAAAAACAGCUGGCAGUCAAUGUGAUGGCAAAGAUAAUAGGAAGAAAAUGUAUCCUUUCCUAUAA